CACUCCCCGUGGCGCGAGCGGCUGACUGAGUCUGGAGAGGAAACGGCAUUCGGAGCCGCGCUCCCGCCCAGGCCGGCCCUGACGCGGGCCUCGUCAGCCGGUAACGGGGAGCAGAGGUGGGGGUCAGGGAGGCGACCACGAAAACGGUGAAGGUCAGAACCCAGAGGCCUCCUCCGAGAAGGGCAGGAGCAGGGAGGAGGCGGCAGCGACAGCGGCAGGAGCAGCAGCGGCGGCGGCAGCUGGGAGGAGGUGGUGACGGUGGCAACGGCAGCGUCGGGGACGAUGGCGCGACUGGUGGCAGUGUGCAGGGACGGGGAGGAGGAGUUCCCCUUCGAGAGGAGGCAGAUUCCCCUCUACAUAGACGACACCCUCACGAUGGUGAUGGAAUUUCCUGACAAUGUGUUAAAUCUCGAUGGGCAUCAAAAUAAUGGUACACAGUUAAAGCAGUUCAUUCAGCGACAUAGUAUGCUUAAGCAACAAGAUCUGAGUAUUGCCAUGGUGGUGACAUCACGUGAAGUCUUGAGUGCACUUUCUCAGCUUGUUCCAUGUGUUGGUUGUCGUCGCAGUGUGGAACGCCUCUUUUCCCAGCUUGUAGAGUCUGGAAAUCCUGCCCUUGAGCCCCUGACAGUGGGACCCAAGGGAGUCCUAUCUGUAACUCGAAGCUGCAUGACUGAUGCAAAGAAGCUUUAUACAUUAUUUUAUGUACAUGGGUCCAAACUAAAUGACAUGAUAGAUGCUAUUCCAAAAAGUAAAAAGAACAAGAGAUGUCAGUUGCACUCCUUAGAUACACACAAACCAAAACCUUUGGGAGGUUGUUGGAUGGACGUAUGGGAACUAAUGUCCCAAGAAUGCAGGGACGAAGUAGUUUUAAUUGACUCUAGUUGUCUUUUAGAAACACUAGAAACAUAUCUUCGAAAACAUAGGUUUUGCACUGAUUGCAAAAAUAAAGUCCUCCGAGCAUACAAUAUCCUUAUUGGUGAACUUGAUUGCAGCAAAGAGAAGGGCUACUGUGCUGCACUUUAUGAAGGCUUGCGGUGCUGUCCACAUGAACGACAUAUACAUGUUUGCUGUGAAACAGAUUUUAUUGCACAUCUUUUGGGUCGUGCUGAGCCAGAGUUCGCAGGAGGGCGAAGAGAAAGACAUGCUAAGACAAUAGAUAUAGCUCAAGAAGAAGUUUUGACCUGCUUGGGAAUUCAUCUUUAUGAAAGACUACAUCGAAUCUGGCAAAAAUUGCGAGCAGAGGAGCAGACGUGGCAGAUGCUCUUCUACCUUGGUGUUGAUGCUUUACGCAAGAGUUUUGAGAUGACUGUUGAAAAAGUACAGGGUAUUAGCCGAUUAGAACAACUUUGUGAAGAAUUUUCAGAAGAGGAACGAGUAAGAGAACUCAAGCAAGAAAAGAAACGCCAAAAACGAAAGAAUAGACGAAAAAAUAAAUGUGUAUGUGAUAUUCCAACUCCCUUACAACCAGCAGAUGAAAAAGAAGUAAGCCAAGAGAAGCCUCCUGAUUUAUUUUCAGGCUUAUCUCCACACUGUAAUGGUAGUGAUUGUGGAUAUUCAUCUAGCAUGGAAGGGAGUGAAACAGGUUCUCGGGAGGGUUCGGAUGUUGCGUGCACUGAAGGCAUUUGUAAUCAUGAUGAACAUGGUGAUGACUCCUGUGUUCAUCAUUGUGAAGACAAAGAGGAUGAUGGUGAUAGUUGUGUUGAAUGUUGGGCAAAUUCUGAAGAGAACACCACCAAAGGAAAAAAUAAAAAGAAGAAAAAGAAAAGCAAGAUACUGAAAUGUGAUGAACAUAUCCAAAAGCUUGGAAGCUGUAUUACAGAUCCAGGUAAUCGAGAGACCUCAGGAAACACCGUGCACACAGUGUUUCACCGUGACAAGACCAAAGAUGCACAUCCUGAAAGCUGUUGCAGCUCUGAAAAGGGUGGGCAACCACUGCCUUGGUUUGAGCAUAGGAAAAAUGUACCACAGUUUGCAGAACCCACAGAAACGUCAUUUGGUCCUGAUUCUGGAAAAGGUGCCAAGAGCUUAGUUGAACUCCUUGAUGAGUCCGAAUGUACUUCAGAUGAGGAAAUCUUUAUUUCACAAGAUGAAAUACAGUCAUUUAUGGCUAAUAACCAGUCUUUCUACAGCAAUAGAGAACAAUACCGACAGCAUCUGAAGGAGAAAUUUAAUAAAUACUGCCGCUUAAAUGAUCACAAGAGGCCCAUUUGUAGUGGCUGGUUGACAACUGCUGGAGCAAAUUAAAUAAAUAAAAUAGCUCUGUCUUUCAAUGAAACACUCAAGAUGACUACUGCGCCUUCUCUUUCAAAAAAAACUCUUAAUUUAGUGACUUAUGGCAAAAUUUUAUCUUAAAUCAAUGUGAUUCUUUCUUGUUUUGGGAGACGGUGGAGGUAACCUCAUUAGUUCUUUCUUCAGGCUUGUGUCUUUAGUGCGUGCUGCACAGGCCUGCCAUUUGAUUUAAGCCAUCUCUUUUCAUUAAAUGUUUCUCUUCCUGUGAGACUUUACUAAAGCAUCUUAGUGGCAAAAAGUAUUGUUGUACUUAUACUUCUGUACAGAAAUGACAAUGAGCUGAAUAUAUGGUUUUACAAAGUAGACAUCCACUUGCAAAAUGUUUGGAUGUAAUGUUAAAGCGCAAUGUGCAAAAUUUAAAAUAAAGAAUAUUUAUUAAUAUGCAUAGUAAAAUUUGGUGUACAUGUUUCAACUUACUGGGUGGCAAUAUUUUAAUAUUUGCCACUUGUGGACUUAGUACUUGGCCAAUGUUGAUGUUAGAGAAGAUGAAGAGCAAGUAACGAUAGAUAUGUUGAAGGCAAAUUUCUUUCCUUUGUCAGUGUUGACAACUAAGAGCAGCAAUUUCCAGACUUCUGUUUUGAAAGGAUGAAUGUAACACAAUAUCUUGAAAAUACUGGCUGUCUUACCCCUGCCCCCCCCCGCCCACUUUUAACUGCUCUUUAUUGUUAAAAGUUUCCUGGUACAUAACACCAAACACAUUAAUUUCAGAGGUUCAUACUGAC